CCCCCUAUCCUGAACGCAUAAUAGUAAGACGCAGCAGAAUCUGAUUUUGGAUAGCAAGCGCGACCGCGACCGCGAUGCUAUCUAGACAUACCCAAAGGGCCAAAGCCAAGCAGACCGCGACAACUAACGGCGCUGCGCUUUCAUAUAUGCGAUCUACCUGACAAAAGCCUCAUGAAUGAAUGAAGCGGUCAUUUUUGGCAACAAAAAUCCAAAUUUCCUACGAACUAUGAAACCCAGUUCCCCUUGGAGUCCACGAAACACUUCUGCCUAAGAAACACCUUUCUUUCAUCUGGGUGUUCUCCUCUGCGGUCUGCACCCUUCUUUUACACAAUCUAGGACACCGAUUAGAGAGAGAGAGAUGGAAGGAGUGAAACUGGAUAGGUGGGGGUACGAGGUCAGGACCAAUUCGGAUUCUUGUAUAUCUGCCAUCAAUAAGUUCUAUCACCAGGUGCUUUGUCAUGGGAGAGAGAGGUCUGUGAUUCUGGAAGCGCCGGCACAUGAUAAGGACUGUGUGUUGGCCAACAUUUUGGCUGCUCAUUUUCUCUGCUCCUCUGAUCCUUCCCGCGCUCCUUCCCAUCUCCAAGCCGCUAAGUCACGCCUCGAGCAAGCCACUAAGCACGAGAAAGCAGUUUUUGAUGCCGUCAAUUAUUAUAUAUCUGAAGACAGAGACGACGAUGUCGCUCUGGAGUUACAUUCUAAGCUCUUAAAAGAUUUCCCUAGAGAUCUGGUAUCUCUGAAGAGGGCCCAAGUGUUAUGCUUUUACAUGGGUCGACCUGAUCUGUCCUUGGAUCUUGUUCAACAGGUUCUACCAAAAAAUCAAGAUGAGAAGUACAUAUAUGGCCUGCUUGCUUUUCCCUUGCUGGAGCUUGACCGAAUGGCAGAUGCUGAAGAAGCUGCCAAAAAGGGAUUUGAGAUCAACAAGCAAGACUGUUGGGCACAACAUGCUUUGUGCCAUGUUCUACAGUAUGAGUGCCACUUUAAAGAAGCAGUAGAGUUCAUGGAAGGAUGCUCAUCUUCUUGGAGUUCUUGCUCAUCGUUUAUGCUGACACAUAAUUGGUGGCAUGUAGCUCUUUGUUACUUGGAAGGUAAUUCUCCAAUUCAAAGAGUCUUAGAAGUAUAUGACCAUUGUAUUUGGAAGGAGUUGGAAAAAAGUGAUGCUGUGUAUCCGGAGGUGUAUUUAAAUGCUCUUGGUUUAUUACUGCGGCUGUACGUACGGGGUGAAAUUGAUGCCUUUGGGGACCGUCUCAAGAUCGUAGCUCGUUGCGUAACAGAUCAAGCAAACUGGUAUAUAGAGUGGCACCUUGAUUCCUUGAUAGUAUGGGUCUUGGCUAGUACUGGAGACAUGUAUAAAGCUGAGGAGUUACUAAAGGGAUUGAAAUCGAGAUUUUCUAAGAUGAGCAAGAAGAAGCAACAACGGAUGCAGAGAGGAAUGCUGCUUGCAGAAGCCCUGUAUGAGUACGGUAGUGGAAAUGACAAAAAGGCAUUGGAGUUGCUUGGUCCAGAGUUUGAUGCCAGUAACUGCAAGAUGAUCGGGGCGUCUGAUGAACAACUUGAUGUAUUCAAUGAAGUCUGGUACAGUAUGUUGCUGAAUACUGGACAAGCUGAGAAGGCAAUUGACAUAAUCGAGAAGCGGAUCAGCAAGCGGGAAGGUGUUCCUUUCUUGUGGCGCCUUCUGGAGAGAGGCUAUAACCUUACAGGAAGAAAAGAAGCUGCAACUGCAGGGGAGAGGGCCAGGGCUUUGGAGACUGCAUAUUUCAAAUAGCUGGUAUGGUCACAAGUCACAACCAGAUGAGACAUUUUCUCAUCUUACAACAGAUUUGAGUGGUUGAUCUCACAAAUAUCCUGCGAUGCCUUGCAAGCCAUAUCAGUGGUGCUCAUUGUGUUACUUGUAUGUAAAUAUGGCAAAUAGAAAUGCACUAAUAUCUCGAUUGUACACUUGCUUCAUGCUUUAUGUGACCCGAAUAAUUACAUAUUGUAAGCACUCUAAAACUUGUUUCAUUUUCCUUCACCCCUUAUUUUAGCUGCUGGUGUACAUGGAAGGGAAAAAUGAGAGGAAAGUGGAAAAAGGAAAGGAAAGUCAAGUGAUAUCCCCAUAUUCAUCUUC